GGGAUAUGUCAUUGUGACAAAUGAUUUUGCAGUUGUCGAUUUUACAAAUCCAACGAGAACGAACUUUUUGCGGUAGCGGAAAGAAUUGGAAAUUCAUAUUACUUGGAGUUACGCUACAAUCAUAAUUGUGAAAUCGCGAAUACAGCAAACAAUGUGCCGGAAGACCUAAAUGAGUGGCACAGAAGGUUGGCGCAUCAGAACUUUACUAACGUGAAAGAUAUUUUGAGGAAAAAUAAUAUUGAGUUUAAACAAACAACAAAGUCUGAGUGUGAGAGUUGUUUGGUCGGAAAAAUACAUAGAUUGCCGUUCAGUAGAAACGAAUACAAGAGUACCAAGACUUGCGAGUUAAUUCAUGCUGAUACCUGCGGUCCCAUGGAAGAAAUGUCAGUUGGUGGGUCAAGAUACUUUGUCAUUCUAAAAGAUGAUACCUCAAACUUCAGGAAGGUGUAUUUUGUGAAGACUAGAGAUGAGAUCAAAUAUUGCAUCGAGAACUUUAUAAAUAAGGCGGAGAAUAUUACUGGAAACAGAGUGAAAACAUUCAGGAGUGACAAUGGCCUUGAGUUUGUGAACAGCGGUGUGAAGGAAAUAUUUUCAAGAAGGGGUAUAACACACCAAACUACAGUACCAUACUCCCCCAAACAGAAUGGGAAAGCAGAAAGUGAGAACAGAACAUUAGUAGAAGCAGCAAGGACAAUGAUCCAUGAGCGGAACUUACCUAAGAAACUAUGGGCGGAAGCUAUAAAUACAGCAGUGUUUGUGUUGAACAGAACUGGAAGGAGUCAUGAAGAAGGGAAGUCUCUGUUUGAGGUAUGGACUGGCAAAACAUUUAAUAUAUUCAAUUUGGAAAACUUUGGUGCAGAAGUGUAUGUACACAUUCCAAAGGAAAGAAGGAGGAAGUGGGAUAAGAAAGGAGAGAAGGGAUUGAUGGUUGGCUAUGAGGAAGAUGUGAAAGGGUAUUGCAUAUACUUCCCUCAGAAGAACACAGUAGAGUCUAAAAGGGACAUAGUUUUCCUACAGGAAAAAGGGAAAGAGAAUCGUCAAAUGGAGAGAGAUGAAGGUCAAACUGUAGUGUCACUAGAUCUUGAAGAAGAGAUGGUGACAGAGAUGAGUCCCGAGGAAGAUGAAAAUGAGUUAGCCACGCCUAUACCCGAAGAGAAGACUUUAGAAGAACAUAACUCGGAAAGCGACAGUGAGCGACCAAGCAUUCAAGAACAACGCCUACCAGAAAAAAAUAGUCCACGCCUAGAAGAAAAAGGCAAGCGAAUGCGUAAACAAACAUCAUUCUACAAGUGUGAUAAUGUACAGUUAGCUAAAAAUGAAUGUGAACCAAUUACAUAUAGUGAAGCUAUGAGUAGAAGUGAUGCUAAUGAAUGGAGUGCGGCUAUUGAUAGGGAACUUCAGACACUGAAAGACAAUAACACAUGGACAUACUGUGAUUUACCUGUAAAUUUAAAAACUAAACGGUGACCUCUGUCCCAUUUCCAAAUACCAGCAGAUACUUCACAAUGGGCCAGAAGGUUGGAUGUGGUGGGGAGCUAAGUUGGCGUUCAAACCAGCUGCGCUCGCCCUCACUGCGGUGACGUCACUGCUGCCGGCGCGGCAGACGGUCGAUAAUGACGGGCUGCCGAAAUCUAAUAUAGAUGCGACACAACGCUUUGUAGUGGAGAGUGCUGUUAAGGAGCAAGCGACACACCUCCUCAACAACUUCCCGCCUGGCGCCGAACGAGUGGGCACCGUGGACGAUCUGAUGAGGAGCAGUGGUUACACAAACAGGGAGACCUUUGAAAUACUGCUCGGCUAUCUAGUGGCGCAGGGGGCCGCUGUUAAGCUGGAUGAUGUUGUUAAAUUGGCGGAACCAAACAGAAAGGCGGAUCCGAUAAGCGAGAUGGACCAAGCGAUGGUGAAACUCGUCUCCGCUGAGAGGAGGCUGGACACGGAUGCCGCACGGCUGGCCCGCGAGCUGGAGACUACUGACAACGAUGUGAGAGCCGCUCUUAAACUGGGGAAUAAACUCGCUGCCAAAAACCACCUGCGCCGCAAGCACAAAACGCAGCUGCGUUUGCAGCGCUGCGAGGCGGCGCUCGAGAACGUCCGCCAGCUGCUGCAGCAGGCGAGGGAUUCCGCCGUCGACAGCGCCGUCGUUGAUACUUAUCGUACGAGCGCACAAGCCAUGAAGAGCACAAUGAAAGGCGCCGGCCUGGAGGAGGACCUCGUGCACGACACCAUGGAUGACUUGAAGGAGGUGAUGGACACAUACAACGAGGUGGAGAGGGCGUUAGGCGGUACCAUCGACGAUAUAGAUGUAGCCGACCUGGAGCAAGAGCUGAACGAGCUGCUGUCCGGCGCGGGGGGCGGGGGCACGCCGCAGAAGCAAACUGGGCAAGAAGAUGUAAAACUACCCUCACCUCCAGCGCGAACUCCUCGCAAGGAAUCGGAAAGGGAGAGGGAGUUCGUGUUCGACGGCGAGGAGCGGAUGCUCGCAGAUCUGGACCGGCUCGGCGCUGAGGAGCCGGGCAGAGGAGUGGCCGAGGCCCUAAAAGCGAGUCCAAAGAAGAGCCCCAAAGCGGAAACGGCGUCCAAGCCGUGGUACCCGCCGCAGGGCGAGUGCCUCGCGUGGGAGAGGACACCCGACUCGCGGGACCGCGGCUACGGCGAGCUGCGGCAGGACGAGAGGCUACAUCCCGGCCAAGAGCUGAACGUGGACUUCACGACCCCCCCGCGGCACUACGGCGGCGAGUUCCAGGUGCGCGACCACCGCGCGGCCGCCGGCGUGUGGCUGUUCAACAGCGCCGACCGCGCCGCCGCCGCGCCGCCCGGUCCACCCGAAACAGCGAAAGCGGAGAGGUUCGUGGUAGCGCCGGGAGGGGAGAGGGAAACGAAGAGGCACGACGCCAACGAGCUCGACGAGCUGGAGAGGAGGCUGCACAACCUGAGGGGCUUCCGCUCCUAGUGGAUAAACUUUGACGCCUCUAACAGACAGAUAGCGCAAAUUAUAAAUAUGUAAUAUUGUCAUACAGCAAUAAUUGUUAGCCAUAAAUUGUAAGUCUGUAAAUAUAUUUGUAUAUAAAAUAGUAAAAAAGAUAAUUGUAGAUAGGAAGAGAAAGAAAAUUAGAAAAAUCCACAAAAAAAUUUACUACUAACCAUGUACUUUUGGGGAUGAAAUUUGUAUAAAAAUUUGAUGUGUUUUAGAACGGUACGAGCAGAUUGAGUUUGAUCUAGUCUAGAUUAAUUCGCGCAUAAUAUAAAUCUAGAUUUAUAUUCGUUUAGUCCUUUCGUAGUGGAUGUCUUUAUCUUAGUGGCUACCUAAGCCCGAUCUGUCCACGGACGGUUGGACAGAACACAAAGAGACAGACAAUCAGAUUGACAGAUAAACAGACUGACAGGCAGAAAUGAGGACAGACAGACAGACAGACGGACAGAGAAAUUAUAGUAACAGUGGUCCCGUUUUACCCUCUCGGUAUGGAACCCAAAAAACUAGCAACAUUCUCUUAUAAUAUUUAAUUUAUUUACUACGAUGAAAAACAAAUAAAAAAUUAUUCUUAUAAGUCAAAAAGUUCUGCUCGUAGCGUGCUAAUGAAAUUCAAACUUAAAAUAUUUAGUGUCUUAAAACUUGAUGAUUAAUAAUGUAAUCAUAUUAUUUGUAAGGAAAAAUUUGAAAAUGGACAAAAAAAGUACUGGAAUCCAGCUAUAAGUGCCUAUAAAUAAUCUAUGCUUAUAUUAUAAAGUGGUAAAGUUUGUGAAUUUGUGACUUUGUGUCAAUGUAGGGGUAAUCUAUGGAUCUACUAUAUUUUUUUUAAUGGGAGUCAACCCUCAAAGAUCUAUAAUAACAUAAGUGCUACGUAAUGUGUUUUUGUAUUUCAAUAAAAUUUUCAGCGUUUAUGUAAUUUAUUAGGGGCCAUCCAUAAGUUACGUCACACGGAUUCUAGGCUUUUUUUUUACCCCCCUCUAUAUCCCAUCUUAGGAACUCUCUCUCCCUUGAUGUAACACAUUUUGAAUUUGAUGAAGAAUUUAUUUAAAAAAAUUAAUAGAAAAAGCAAAGAAACAAAAAAAAAGUAUAAAUAUUUAAAAGUACAUAUUUUAUAUUUUUUACACGUGACGUGACAAAGCUUCUGCCCCACUUGCCCCCCCUCUCCCUCCGACCCGCUUUAACGUGUGUGGUAUGUAUGGAUGACCCCUUAGCAUAUGUAAACUCACGUGUGCGCUUAACUUGAGUAAUUUUAAGUGUCCGCUAAUAAGUAAUGACAAGCAAUAAUAUACGGCCUUGGGUGUGCUAAGUUUUGUAUUUUAACGUUAUUAUUUUAUAAAUGUACUUUGUAUAGUGAUAUAUAUAUGUGAUGUGCCAAUUAUUUGUAAUCGUAUAUUUUAUUUUGGUAUGAUAUUUGUAAUCAUAAAAUAUUAAUUUAAGUUGGCAACCCCUUCACUAUUUCCGCUGCAUUUACAAAUACCCUCAGUGUUUAAUGAUUAUCGAUCAUUCAACGUUUAGCAUUCGAACGAUGCGCACGCAUUCUAGUAACUUUUAUACAUUUUGCCUUUUAUCGCUGUUCCAUAGCGAAUGAAUUUUGCACGACUCAUGAUGCGAAGCAUCCGAGAGAAUUAUUAACUAUUAUCGAAAUAUUCGUUUUGCCUCGGUUCCGCAACUAUUUUAUUAACUACACGAUCGGCUAUCCACACAAUCACUUCAACCUUUAGAAAGCGCACCUGAAGGGGGUCAGUGGGGAAACAAUGAAAGAACCCUCUUUUUCUCUUCAUAGUUUAUUCGAUGUGGACUGUAUUUCUUUAUUCUUAUGCGUAGCUUAUUCUUCAAUUUACAAUACUUAUUGUACUUGACAAUUUUUUCAGCCGAAAGCGCAGAUCGUAUAGAAUAUAACUUGUAGAGCGAAACAAUUUUGCAGAGUGAAUACUUAUAUUUUCUUUUUGAGCGAACAUAAAUAGGCUUUGUCGGGAUCCUCUCUCACGCACCCUCCGCGAGGAGGGUGUGUAGGGAAUGCUGUUCAGGGCGACUGCUUUCUGCAGCAAAUUGCAUACGCCGCCCGUUUACACGGGCGGGUCCUCAGGAGGGCUAGUCGCCCUUUUCUUUGGUAUUCUGUGUUUUCUCCGCGCCGCCGGACAUACCUAUUGGUAGGGGUGGUGUGAGAAAUUUUGGGUUAGUGGCGUGUCUGUAUGGAGUCGAACGACCGGGGUUAAUUGCGAGCUCACCCUCUUUGGGGCGGGGACUGAUUGGGCGCGAGGAAUCGACGUCGCGACGCGUGGCGAAGCACGCCGAAGUACCUGCG